GUUUUUUUCCUGUUAAAUCUCAGCGUUUGUUUGAUUAGUGCAUGAUUAAACUAGCGGCUGAUAUCCCGGUAUAUUCCUUAUUUAUUUAUUUUUUACUACGAAGCUCUAGGAUGAGCAUAAAGAUCGCCUGGCCUAAGGGGACCGUUGGGAACAGUAAUUCACUUCAGGUAGAGGAGGCCGGCAUCAGAGAGAUCCCUCCGGACAUGCAGAGGGACUGAGGCGGCGGUACUAAGCAGUUUCCCUCCGAGAGUCGAUACCCCCCUACAAGCUGCAACUGCGAUGGCGGACCCCAGGCCAGAGUCCUCCUCCCCUGCGGAGGCGCCGCUGCGCUCCCCAGCCACCCCAUUCUCCCUUUCCUUCCCCAUUUUGAGGGAGGGAAGUCGUGUGUGGGAGCGCAAGCCGCCUCAGCUUGGGGAACUUCCCAGCCCGCUGCCCACCAAGCGCACCCGCACCUACUCAGCCACGGUACGAGCCACGUCGGGGCCCACCUUCAAGGGCAUGUGUAAGAACUUCUCCAGGUCACAGGGUCAUGGAUUCAUACGUCCCUCUAAUGGUGGUGACGACAUCUUCGUUCACAUCUCCGAUAUCGAGGGGGAAUAUGUGCCCAUGGAGGGCGACGAGGUGACCUACAAGGUGUGCCCCAUCCCGCCGAAGAAUCUGAAGAUCCAAGCCGUGGAGGUGGUCAUCACUCACCUGGCCCCGGGGACGAAGCACGAGACCUGGUCAGGCCAGAUAAUCAGCUCCUAGGCUUCUGAUUCGGCCUUCAGCUGUCGCCCGGUGGUGCGGCUUUUUGGGGGUGGGCGGGGGAUUAUGGGAAAGUGCUGGGCAGAAGCUUGGUGAGGAAGACAGGACACUGCUGAGAGAUUGACGUGGAGGUUUCAAAUUGCACAGACGCUGGAUGUGAAGGAGGAAGGCAUUAGAUCUGUUUUUAGGCAUGUUGGACUAGGGAUGUGUGUGGGAGGCAGGCAGGUGACGAAGGUGAAGGAGGAACCGUAGGCUGGGCAAACAAAUAAGUCGAUGCUUAUCUUUAUUUGUAUCUAUUAUUUAUCUAUUUAUUCUGAUGGUGUAUGUUGGAUCCAUGUUUGUUUGGGGUGCCUAUAUGGGUUUAUUUAGGAGUGAUGGGGUUAGACCUAAUCUCUUCAGCACUAUAACGGCGGGGUUUUGUCGCGGUGGGGGGGGGUAGUGGUUGAGCACAGCUUGUUAAAGGAUGCAGUCGGCGAUUCCCACAAUCACUACUCAUGGUGAACGGUUGACAAGAUAAAUCUUCAGAACUGUACUGUUGUCCUACUGAGAAUUUGGUCAAGGUGUCUUUUAAUAUACAUCAGCGAAAUACGUUGGAUUAACAUAACUGACACUGGUGAAAUGUCUGUCACGGCUGAAAUGAACGUAGCUGAUGGAGGACGUCAGGGUGUGGAGGUGUAGAUGUUCUCUGGUGUUCUCCUGUCCCCCGACAGCUGCUGUAUUUUUACUUCCUGGCCUGGGCGUUAAGGUGACAAGGCUGAGCGCAGCCAUAGAGGCUCACGGUGACACUGCCCACGUGAUUACCGGCUCUUCACAGCAGGAUGUGCAGACAAGCACUCAGUGCUCACUUCGUCAGAACUUUCCGUGCAUUAAUGUUAUUUGCUGUAAUUAUUAACAGGGUACAAAUCUGUUUCCUUUUUUUAGUAUGGAAAUGUUUAAAUGGUUUAACCCUUAAUGUGUUCAGAAUCAGUGCCCUUGAGUAAUUUAUACAGGCAAUACAUCACAAUGGCCUAUUUAUUUUUUAGUUUUGUGAAUAACUAAAAUGUUGUUUUCCCAGCACUAUUUAAGCGGUUAGUCCGCUGCAAUUGGUGUUAGCUCGGUCGAUCGUUAAUAAAUUCAUUAAUAAAAGGAUUUUCUUUUUUUAGCA